AUAUUAGAAUUCUAAUUAAAUUCCUCUUUCUAUUGUUCCAACAGCCUCACUGUAUUAUGCAAGUCUUGAAUUAUAAGUAAUAUGGUAGUAGUUAAUCCGCAGUGUUAAGUCUGAUGUAAUAUUUUUCCUUUCUGGUAAAAACAAUGCAAAUUGUACUGUCUUAUACUUUUUAUAUAAUUCCAAGCAAAAAUUAAACCCGUAUGUGUGCAAAAAUAGAAGUCAUUCUUCGCAACAGUUAGAAUUUUCUGAAAAUAUUCUGCAAUUCAUUGUUAUCCGGACGUCAUUCUUUCCAUAUGUGAAUUUAUGAAUCUACUUCUGUGGUAAUUAGUCAAAAAUUAAGCAAUUAGCUGCUGCAUUUUAAGUAUGGCAGGUUUGGAUUCUUGUCUAUUACCUCCUGCCAGGACUUUUGAAAAUGACAUAGAAUUCACAGUGUAUGACUGGAAUAAAAAAUUUGAAUGCAAAUCAUUGGACGAUUCAGAUUUCAAACAAUACUGGGCCAAAAAUGUUCCAGUUAUUUAUAGUCCUAAACCAGACUGUGAUUGCCUUAACUUGAUUUAUGAUGAAGCUACUGCACAACGGGUACUCUUUGCACCACUGGAGCAGUUCAUCUGUGGAAGCAGCGAUCCAUCACAAGUGUUUGAACGUAUCAAAGAGCUCAGCGAAACUCCAUCUUUAUGCGGAAAAGUUUUUAAAGCAGGAGAACCUACGUACUCCUGCAGAGACUGUGGCCUCGAUCCAACUUGUGUUCUCUGUGUUGAUUGCUUUAAGAACAGUGCACACAGACUUCAUCGCUAUAAGAUGAGUGCAAGUGGUGGGGGUGGCUACUGUGAUUGUGGUGAUGAAGAAGCAUGGAAAUCAUUUAGUUAUUGUGACAAUCAUCAUAAAGGCAAAUCAGAUGAAAUGUCGGGAAGUCCGUUGGAUAAAUUACCUCCUGAAGUAAUUGAGAGAUUGCGCUUGGUAAUGGGAAUAGUCCUUGAUUAUUGUCAUACCAUGCUGACAUAUGAGCAAGGCCUAAGUUUACCUGCUGACCUCCUGUAUGCUAAUAAAUCUAUAGGAAAACAUGAUCUUCCAGAUAACUUUUGUACAGUUCUUUUCAAUGACGAAAUACAUACCUAUGAGCAGGUUAUUGAGACGUUAAAUAAGGCUAUUAGCUGUACUAAAAAAGCUGCAAUUGAUUUUGCGACAAUGAUAGAUCGAGAAGGAAGAAGUAUAGUGAAGAGCUCUACAUUUGCUAUUUGUAAUCAGGUGCGGCAUGUUAUCGAGAGAGUUACUGCACGUCAAGCAAGCAAGCUCAAAGUGUUAGUCAUGCAGUCAGAAAUUAUUGCUCAUCAGACAUUUGCCUUAAGGCUUCUUGCAUGGUUACAGAAAAUUGUGACUUUAAAUGAAGGAUUUUGCCAAAUUUUCACUAACUGUAUUAUGGAAGGUGGACUUCUGGAAAAUGUAAUGCUAGUUGAUACACAAUUAUGGAAGACUGCACGAAAUCAAUGGCAUCAGCUUUUCAUAAGUGGCAUGCUUAUGGAACAAAAUUGUAAAAAAGCAUUUGCUAAAAGUUUCACAUCUGUAUAUCCAAUUUUAUUGAAAGAAUUUAUAGCAGAUGAUCAUGAUCACUCAAUAUCUGUUACAUCAUUAUCUGUUCAAAUUUUUACAGUGCCUACUCUAGCUCAUGCUUUAAUUCAAGAGGAGAAUGCUAUUACUGUGGUGUUGAGAGCAUUUCUGUCUGAAUGUGAACAAAACCGAAAUGAAGAUGGUAAACUUUCUUUUUCACGAAGUCAGAAUAAUGGCUUUCGUAGAGCACAAUAUAUGCUUUAUGAUCUUGGUUAUCUUGUUACUGUUACUCCAUCACAGUGGAAUGAUCAGAUACGAAAGAGUUUUCGUAAUGGUUUACAAUCAUUUUUCUCUCUGUUAGGCAUGAUGCAAGGAAUGGACUCUGUUGUUCGCCAGGUUGGGCAGCAUGUUGAGUAUGAGGCAGAAUGGGAGACUGGAAUAAAUCUCCAACUAAAAGUUGCAAAUGUAGCCUCAUUGCUUCUUAAGUGGUGUGGUUCAGACUAUGCUGUUUUUGUUAAGGCUUUUAGGGCAAAUUUGAAGCAUUUUCACUCUUUGCAAUCCAAAACUACUUGUGUGGGAGUGGAAUUAGCUAACCAUUCUGCUUCUUGUAUUGAAUAUGAUGUGGCGUCUAUGCCCAUUACAAUACAUUUGCCUUUAGUUCGCUUCCUUGCAGGACUGUUUCUCCACUUAGAAAAAUUCAGUUUAUCUUACGAAAGCCCACAGUUUUUAAUAGAAGGAAUGGAAAGACCAAGCCCUGAGCAACUAAUGGAACUUCCUCUUCGAACACUUGUGAUGUUAGCUCAGUUUCGUGCGGGAAUGUGGCGAAGAAAUGGUUAUUCUCUGCUCAAUCAAGUUUAUUUUUAUCACAAUGUCCGCCUCAGGGAUGAAAUGUAUGACAGAGAUAUUCUAAUGCUCCAGAUUGCUGCAUCAAUGAUUGAAAGUAAUGAAUUUCUAAUACAUUUAAUAUAUAAGUAUGGAUUAAUUAACUGGGCUGCAGAAAACUAUGAUGGUACUAAUCGUAAAUCAGAAGAUGAUAACAUUAGACAAGUUUUAACUGUAGCUGAAGAAUUCUUGAGUCUUGUCCUUGUAAUAGUUUCAGAGAGGUUCACGCCAGGUUUAGGUAAUGUGACUGAAUCAGAAAAGAUUAAGAAAGAAAUCAUUCAACUUCUGUGUAUUGAACCAAUGCCUCAUAGCCAGUUAUUCAAGAUGUUACCGAAAGAUCCAAAUGAUGAAACAGGGAUGGAAUAUGUUGUUAAAGAAGUAGCAAUUUUUAAAAAACCACAAGGGCCUGGCACUGGAAAAUAUGAACUUAAACCAGAAUAUUACAAAUGUUUUAAUCCGUUUUACUACCACUACACUCGAGAGGAACAAUCAAAAGCUGAAGAAGUCCAGCUUAAAAGAAAGAAACAGCUUUGUGAGGAAAUGUGUUGCCCUCCUCCAGUUCCACCAGAAUUCUGUCCUCGUUUUGCAAUAAUAGCAAAUAUUCUUCAGUGUGAUGUCAUGUUGCACAUAAUGGAGCUGGUCUUGAAAAGAACGCUUAAUUUGCAUUCUGCUGCAUUUUCUGAGACACAGUUGGAAAAAGUUUUGCAUUUGAUUGGUGUGGCUCUGCAUGAAGAAGAACGAGCAACUCUUGCUGAAAAAGAAGGUUCAUUUUUUUGUUUUACUGCCAAAGCAAAUAAACGAGGAUUUGUUGGCUUGUUAGAGGAAUGCUUAAAGUCUCCAAGAGUAGAUCUUUGUGGUGAACCACACAAAGAUCUAUUACGAUGGGUCUUGAAUAAGUACAAAGCUGUAGAAAGCCUUCAUGUCAGAGACAGCAAACAGACACAAGAAUUAGAUGUAGCAACAGCAACUGCUAGUACAAGUGAGUCAUCAGCUCAAGACAGAAAGCGAAAAGCUGAAAUGGCUGCUGCCCGAAGAGCUAGAAUUAUGGCUCAGAUGUGUGCUAUGCAGAAAAGUUUCAUAAAAGAGCAUGCUGAUAUGUUUAAAGAAACACUUGUUGAAGAUUCUAACUUGUCUAAAUCUGAAAUGGAUAUAUAUGAAGAGCUUCAUACAGAUGAUCCAGUCUGUUUUGUCAAAGAUUCAAAAUGGAGAACUGCAUCUCCAAAAAUAUAUACUUGCAUAUUAUGUCGAGAAGAUCAGGAAUUGACAUGUGCUGGCAGAGCUUUAGUUUUGGCAGCAUUUGUGCAAAGGUCAUCUAUUCUUUCUAAAAAUCGCAAACAUCAACUUAUUGACCCUGAAACAUAUGAUCCACUUCUGCUACCAGCUGACUUGUUUAGUGCUCCUCAUGUUAGCACUUGUGGUCAUGUUAUGCACAGCGAUUGUUGGCAAAAGUUCUUUGAAUCAGUUCUACGUAAAGAGCAGAGGAGACCUUUGCGUUUUGGAAGGCAUACAAGUUUUGAUGUUGAAAAAAAAGAAUUUUUGUGCCCAUUGUGUGAACGCCUCAGCAAUAGUGUCAUUCCUAUAAUCCCACCAUUGUCGACACUUAUUCCACCAUCAGUAGGCAUAAAUCAGGUUGAAAUUUCCAUGGAUGAAUGGUUAAGUGCUAUGAAGAAAGUGGCUGAAGGUUUUCAGUUAGAAAAACUAGAAGAUCUACCUGAUGAUGAUAGGUUUAAAAACUUCCCGUUCCUGUAUAAAGCAAUGUCUCUAGAAAAUGCAACUAGACAGUUAAGUGGCCCAAGUUGUGCCAGUUUCAAAGAGUUAUUCUCAGUUUUUGGAGUAAAGCAUCCAGCAGAAUCUGGUCCUCUUUUCUCCCAGAAUUUGAUUGAUAUGAUGAAACUCUUUUCAGAAGCUACAUACACUGUUGGCCUCAACAUCAAUGUUAAUGUUUCUGAUGUAAGAAUUCCUUCUAUGGCUUGGUGGUCAUGCACAUACACAAUACAUGCAAUGGAAUGGUUAUUACGUGAUAAAAAGAAAGCCUUGUUUGGUGCACAUUCUUCAAGGAAUGCUCUCUGUCUUGAUGCAAUUAUCCGAUUUUGUGGAGCAAGCUUAAAAAUAUUUGAUCAAGACAUUAUAAGAACAAACUGCAUUCGAAUUCUGCGCUACUUAGUCCAAGGAGAGCAUUAUCUUUCUAGUCCCCAAUGUUGUCUGGACUUUGAUGCUUUCUCUUUAUUGGCUUUCCUUGUCUUGUCAAUGCCUGUUCUUUUUGAAAGUUCCGAGCCUGAUAAGACACGUGUUCUUCAUCCUUUGGGAACUGCUUUGGAUAAACACAUAUUACAUUUAUUACUUACCUUCCAUUUCGUGCAAGUGCUUCUUACAUAUCCAUUUCAAGAAGAGGAAAAUAUGGAUACGGAUGAGAUGUCAGAAGUUAGUGAAACUUCUAAACUUCAUGGUGAAAAUGUGACUGCUCUCCUUUUCUAUGAGGAAGUCUGUACCGCCGCCGGGUUUGAUCAGCGGUUGCCUGCACCGUCCGGACACACCAUUGUUCACUGCCUGAAAACGGGCUCACUUCCUUUCCUCAGGUGUGCAGCCAUUUUCUUCCAUGUACUAACUGAUACCCCUUCUACAUCUGCUCUUCAAGAAGUUAAUGAUACUGAAUUUGAAAGUAUUUGUAAAUAUCUUGGACUGCCAACAACUCUUGAUGAACUUUUAUCAUCCACAUCUCUAAAGCAUUUAGCAUUGAGCUGGGCUCGUCAUCCACGUACCCUGCAUCUUCUGAUGCUGGACCCUGAAACUUCUGGAUCUGAGAGUCUUGUUCGUCAUCCACUUUCAAUAAAUAAAUUGGUUCCUUUACCUUCAGAUUAUAGUGAACUGAUCAAUAGUGUAUCUGAGUUCACUUGUCCUAAUUCAGACGGGGAUGACAGUCGUAAUCCAACUAUUUGCCUGGUGUGUGGUACAGUUUUAUGUUCUCAGGGUUAUUGCUGCCAAAUAGACCUAAAUGGUACCCUUGUUGGAGCCUGUACUAAUCAUGCACAUUUUUGUGGAUCAGGAGUUGGAAUUUUCUUGAGAAUCAGAGAUUGUAAAAUUCUUCUACUCUCAGAUAAAAAUAAAGGUUGUUUUACUGCACCUCCAUAUGUUGACGAAUAUGGAGAGACAGAUCAAGGACUGUUUCGAGGCAAUCCUCUCCAUCUUUGUUCUGAGAGAUAUGAAGAACUGCAUGAGUUAUGGUUAAGCCAUAAUGUUCCAGAACGUGUCUCACACAACAUGGAGCAAUCAACCACACUACCAAAUUGGCAAUUGUUGUGACCCCAUGACUGACAUUAUGUACCUUUAUUUAUUAAUAAUCUACUUUUGACUUGAAUAAGUAAUUGCACUUAUUCUUUUGUUGUAUUAUUGCCGUUUAUUUUUUUAAAUUACGAAGUCUCUUCUUCAGAGCAGAAUAAUUUGAAUCUAAAUUUCCAUUUUGUAUGUUACCUCAAAUUUGAAAUACUCAAAAGAUGUACAUAAUAUAGCCUUUUUUUAAAUCCUUGUUUCAAAUCAAAUUUUCUCUGGAAAUGUGUUUUAAAAUUUCAGAAUACAUAAAAGCAAUUAAAAAGGAUCUGUAUUUUAUGAUAGUUUCCUCUCUGAUGAGGUUCUAUGAAUGUCUGUAUUGUAUGAUAAAUCCUGCCCUUCCUUGACCCCCUUUUUCAUGUACAGUUUUCGGAGACUGACUUUUUUCAUUGAUUAUGUUAGUCUUUACUUCCUGUUAUAUAAUUCUAUUAUGGGCUCAAAUUGGUAACAGAUAUGAAUAUUUGUUGUAUAAUUGAGUAUGUAAUUAAAGUUUAAAAUACCAACUUAACAUGUUUUUUUUUUAAUAUUUGAUUAUUAUCUUAAUUUUUUGGUAUGAAUAUUCAGAAAACUUGUUAGUUGUAGAGUGGCAAUAUAGCAUUGAACAGCAAGAGGGAAUAAAAAUGCACUUGGAUGUUUUGGCCACCCUAAACAGUUGAUUAUAUAUGAGACUACAUGAAUAUUAAAUCCAAUUAUAUGUUAUAUAUUCAUUUAAUUGUGUAAAUAUUAUAAUUGCUAUAUUAGAAAGAAUCAUAUCAAAUCAUGUUAAUCAGUGCUUUAUGUUUGUUAAACAAUAUUUAAAAUUAUUUUAAAAUGUAACAUAAAGUUGGUUUUUUAUUUCAAGAAAACACAUAACAUGAAAGUUAUGCUUAAAAUUCUAAAAGCAAAGUGACAAGUCUUGGCAGAUUGCUUAGCACAGAGAUUUAAGAAUGACAAAAAUACAGCCAUAUAUAAAGAGUAUUUGCACAUGAGGUCUUGACUUCUCAAUAACGAGUAUUUUUUAAUAUUUUAUAUUCCGAGUUUUAUAAUUCCAAAUUUGUUCCAUCAAAUAAAAAAAAAUAUUGUUUUCAAUUUUUCAUUUUCUUAUUAAUGAGCAAAAAGACUAUCAAACAAAGCAAAAAAUAUAAAAAGAGCUGGGAAACAAUGCUAUAGAUAAGAUUUUAUGGUUACAAAACUUGCUUAUCCAUAAAAUUGAUUGAUUUAUUUUGUGAAGUUUGUAUAUGGGUUUAGAAAUUUCAUUAAUAACCCUCUAACUGUUAAAAUUUUUCAUAAAAUUCUGAAUUGGUUGGUGUAAUAUAUAUUUUUUGUGAAAUUUAAUUUUUUUAUUUAUAUAAAUAUAUUUCUAAAAACUUGCACAUAUUGCUUAACUUGUUUGUGGCUACAUACAUAUAAGCUUGUAAGGGGAGGUUUAGUGCUUGCAUUUACAUUAUACAACUUUGCAUAUGGUUUAAAUAAUAUACACACUAUCAUAUAAGAUAGUAAUUUUAUUCAUUUAAAAUUGCAUGGUCGUUUAUCAGUAAUUAUGGUUUCAAAAUUUGAUAAUUUUUCUGUGUGUGGCAGAUCUUGAAACAAAGUAUGCAUAAUCCAAUGCUAUAAACCUGGGAAAAAAAAGUAGCAUCAGAAAAAAUACAUAUAUUAAAAUUACAUCAAGAUUUUUUAGUGCUAAAUUGUUUUCUGCCUGUAAAGCUAUGUAUGAUGUUAAGGGGAAAAAAAAAACUGCAUUGAGCACAUACGUCCUCUUACACAGAAUUCUAAGACAAAAAAUUACUUGCAUAAAAUCAAAUUUGCAGGGUUUGUGCUGCCAUCUGUUGAAUAUUUUUGGAUUUAAAUUAGUACUGGCAUAAUAAAAGUGAAUAAGAGAAUAGUUUUUAUUGAUUCAUUUCAUGAAGAGUAGAGCAUGUAAGAUGCACAGAGAUAACAAAAUUAAUUUGGAAUGACCACCUAUAUGUGAGUCAGAUACAGUUGUUAAGGUACAUUGGUGCAUGAACAUUUAAAAAAAAUAUUGGUUUAGCAUUAUAUAUUACUAAUUAUACCUGUAAAUUCUUUCUUUUAAUACUUGUAUGAAUUAUUUAGAAGCAUGUGUUUUUAAUAGUUAAUUUUGUACAGUGAUAAACAGUAUAACUUAAAAGAUAAUAAAAAUUAUUGAUAAUUGAUUGCCUGAUUUUUUAAAUUGUAAAGUUUAAUUUGGUGUGAGAAGUGAAAAAACUAGUUUAAUGACAUUUCUAAUGUCAGUGCAGAGAGAAAUUAAUGAUCACAUCCAUAGCCAGGACAAGGGUGAGGGAAUUGCCUCAGGUGAACAGUUUUAAAAGUGGAGCCAAAUAUGCAAUGGGAAUUUAGAAUAUGUUUAGAAAAAUGAAAUCAUGAUUACUUGACUAAGCAUUGGAAUGGAUGAAGAAAUAUAAAUAAUAAUAAUAAUAAUAAUAAUUGUGUGGUAUAAAUGAUCCUGCUGAAUUAAGGUAAGAAUUAAUAACAUUAAUUAUAUUUUUUUAAUGCUGAGUAUUAUGUAACAUAAAAUCUAUUAUUGGAACUAAUGUAUUGAAGUUUAUUUAUACUUAUUUUCAACUAACAUUCUGAGCUACAUAAGCUAAACUAGUACAGAAAGCACCAUACUGCCAACAUUAGUAAUUCUCUACCACUUUAAUUUAAUAAUGACUCUUUGCUGUGAUUUUACCAUACUUGAGUUAGUGAGUUUCUGAGUUCCUGAACUGAGCAUGAAUGGCAACACAAAUUCAAAGUUUAUUGAAGCAAACCUAAUGCAAAAAGGCCUAUUAAAAUAGCACUAGAAGACCAAACAAGAAUACCUCAAAAUGAAAAGUAACAUAUUAAAAUUGUUUGCUUCAUAACUUUUUUAUUAUUGUUGUUGGUCUUGGUGGUGUGUAUUUGUGUAAAAUUUGUCAUUGAUGGAGAUACAUGAGGCUAGAGUUUUGCUUUGUUUUAUCCAUAUUGUAUUCAUGCUAGAACUUUACAGUUGGUUUCAUGUACAUUUAAUUCUGGAGCACUUAUGCAUAUUGCCUGACUGAAUCAGCAUAUUUAGUCUGUAUUUCUGAGACUGGAUGUCAAACAUAACUUCUAUUUUGAGUUAUUCUGUUGAUCCUUGUAUAAUAAUUGUUGAAUUCUUUUCAAUGAAGCAAUAAAAUGAAUUGUUUAGUGUCAAAGAAUUAAAAAAUGUGAUCUGGACACCACACAACUUUGUUGUACAGCCUAUUUUUAUACACAUUUUUUGCUGCACUUUAUUUAAUCGUAUUUCCUAGAAUUAUUUUAACUUAAUUAACUGAUCCCUUGAGGUAAGUUAAAAAUGACAUCAAAAAUUGCAAAUUAUGAAAUUAACUAUCUCAGUCCAUUUUUGUUGUACAGGUAUCAAACUUCUUAUAAUUUUAUUUUUUCAUAAUGAUCAUAAAACGUUUAAAAAUAUAAAUGUAGGAACUGAGAAACUGCAUUAAAAGUUAUAUUUUGGUA